UUUGAAGAUGAACAAAAGCAUCACAAAUGAACCACAACAGCCUUCAAUCUCGCAAUUCCUGGACAAUCGUGUCGGGCAUUACAGCCUGAGUCAUCCACAGCAGAAAGCUAUCACCAAUGCAAUACUGUCCGAAUUGAUUAUUGAUUGCAACUUGCCCCUGUCUAUUGUGGAAAACAAGAGUUUUCGGCACUUUCUGACAGUACUUCACAGCAAAUACAGCCCAGUGUGUCUCAGAACACUGACAUUGAAAACAGAGAACCUCGCUGAAGAGAGACGUUCAAAAUUAAAAACUCAAUUGAGCAACACUGACCAUGUUUCAGUCACUAUGGACAUUUGGUCUGACCGAAAGAUGAGGGGAUUCCUCGGUGUCACUGUGCACUGGAUAGAGAAAGAGGCAGAGAGGAUACAGCUAAAGUCCAAUCUCUUGGCCUGUGAGCGCUUCAAAGGCUCACACAGCUGAAAGAAUCUGUGACCAAUUUGAGGCAAUAUGUGAUGAAUACAACAUUAAAGAUAAACUGGACUACAUUAUUAGUGACAAUGCUGCUAACAUGCGAAAAGCAUUCACUGUGUGCUUCCCCAGUGAACAAGAGGAUGACGAUGACGGAGAUCUUCUUGAUGACCCUGAGCUCUGGUGUGACUUAACCCUGGAAGAUCAGCAAACAGUAGAUGUUGCUAUGGCAAAGAAACAGCGCUUGUACUGUUUUGCGCACACUCUUCAGCUGGUGGUGGGAGAUGGUUUGAAAGAAACAAAAGUGGUAUCUCCUUCUCUUUCAAAGUUAUCAAAACUCAGCUCACUGCUGCACACAAGCACAACAUUCAAAGAUGUGUUUGAUGCUGAAUUUGGGGAACAGAAAGGCUUCCCUGCUGCAGUCAACACAAGAUGGAACUCAACACUGAGGCAAGUGAAGGCAGUUCUCCAGUGCAAUCAUCUAAAGCUCUGUGCUGUUCCAGAAAAUACUGGGCACAGGGAGUUGUCAUUCACAGCACGGAGUGGAAUCUGUUGAAGGAGUUGGUGGACAUCUUGAAGCCAUUUGGAGAAGCAACUGAUUUGACACAGUGGGAUAAGGUCAUCAUAAUCAGUGCUGUUGUUCCAUCCAUCUUGUCCCUCAACCACCACCUUGAGAAGCUGAAGCCUCAAGUCUGUUCAGAAGUGGUCAGAAGUCUCCAGGCAUCCCUGAACAAAAGAUUUCUUGGAAUCUUCAUCAAUGUGAAAAUGGCCAGGACACAAGAUGGGAUCACUGCCCCCUUUUCAGAUCCAGUCUACCUCAAAGCAGCUGCCUUGGAUCCAGCAUUUUCUCUGUUGUGGUUGGAGCCCCAUGUGCUGGUCAAUCGUGACGUCAAGGCAGAGGUGGCACAACGAGUUAAAGAAUUGAUCCUGCAAGAUGCUGCAGAGACUGAGCAACCUGUGCUUCUUGUUGAUGAAGAAGAGCAAGAGGACCUUAGAGAAGGAAAAGGGCUGUUUGCUGCAUAUCAUAAGAGGCAGAAGAAGGAUGUUGGGACAAAUCCGGCACUACAGCUAAGUCACUACCUUGACAUAGCCGAAGGACAGAACGCCAUUUUGUUCUGUGCAUUGAACAUGAAGACUCUUCCUUCACUGUUCCAGGGGGCCAUUAGAGUCUUGGCAGUGCCUGCCUCCAGUGCUCCAGUGGAGCGAGUUUUCACCCAUGGUGGCAUCAUACUACGUCCCCAUCGUGCACAAGUGACUGACAGACUUUUGGCCAAUUUGGUCUUUUGCAAAUGCAAUGCAGCAUAGGGCCCUGACAUAUAAAAGCACAACCCUGUUCAUUGUUAUGUUCAUGUAUUUGUUAUGCUUCUCACAUGUACACACACACACACACAUACACACACAGACAAUAUGAGAUCAUAUAAGUACAGGACAGAAACUGCUGUGGAACUAGUUAAAAUGCAAUAUGCCAUGGAAAUACAAUGUUAGCACUUUUGUACAAAUAAUUACAGUUGCACUUUUUCAAAUGUGUUUAUUCUGUAAAGGAGUGGUUUAAAAUGAACAAUAUUCUUGCAAAAUAUGAGUUAAAUGUUAAAAAUGAAGUGUCAGCACUAUUUUUUUCCUGCAAUUUCAAUUGCAAUUGUUUUAAUAAAUAAA